CAGGUUAGGAGUUCAUCCCAGAGCAAACAGACAGUCACACACACUCACGUUCAUCAGAGUCUCCAGUUGAUGCGUGUUUUUGGACUGUGAGAUGAAGCCUCAGCAUCCAGAGCAAAGCUGGCCCCCACUAGGCUUGAACCGGGAGUCCUCUCACUGUGAUCUGAAAGUGCUAACUAUAUCGGCAGGCAGCCCCGGCGGACUGAGGACGAACCCCCUCUGGUUUCAGGAAAGGAACAUUAGACAUGAAGAGCAGCAUCCGCCAAGGUCCAGCGAAAAUGGACAAGUUGUUAACUCAGCUGAUGGUCCUGCUGGGCGUUCUUCCCCUGAGUUAUGGCGCCAUUCAGAGACCCGACUAUGACGACACUCCAAACCCAGAGUUCCUCAAUCCAGCCUGGAUGGCCGGCAUCCCCGACGACCUGCCGCUGUCGGAGGUCACCAUGCCCGGCACCCACAACACCAUCGCCCUGUACGGCGGCAUCUACGCCGAGUGCCAGACCUGGAGCCUGUCCUCCCAGCUCCGAGCGGGCGUCCGCUUCCUGGACAUCCGCGUGCGUCACGUCAAUGGGAGCCUCACCCUCCACCACGGGGUGUCCUACCAGCGGGGGCACUUCGGCCACGUCCUGGAGGGCGUGUCCGAGUUCCUGCAGGAAUAUCCCAGUGAGACGGUGCUGAUGCGCCUGAAGGAAGAGUUCAGCGAGACGUACGACAUCUACGGCGCCGUGGUGGACUACAUCCACCGCUACGCUCACUGGGACCUGCUGUGGCACAGCAGGCUGGUGCCGACCAUGGGCGAGGCCCGAGGGAAGCUCAUCGUGCUGCAGAACUUUGAUGGGCCAGACCUGGGCAUGCGCUACAACUCCCUGGACAUAGCUGAUGCCUGGAAGGUUCCGACUCUCCUGCAGGUGGAGGACAAAUGGCAAAGUGUGUACAAUCACCUGGAGGCGGCGCCGACAGGGAACAAGGGGCAGAUCUUUCUCACCUUCAGCAGUGGAGCCGGAGUGUUUGCCUACCCGAGAGCCGUCGCCCAGCGCAUCAAUCCACAGCUGUACGACUACCUGAGUGCCAAAGGCAACCAGAACCUGCGCUUUGGAAUUAUAUGCAUGGACUUUCCCGCUGCUCCUCUCAUUCAAAUGAUCAUUGACUUUCAACUCAGAGUGGUUGAAAAGAACAGACAGGCCUUUUAUCCGCUACGUAGCAAGACGAACAUGAAAUAUUUACCUUCUUCUCUGACAAAGAAGAUGUCUAGACAUUUUACAGCUGACAUUUGAAACAAAUUCAGAUCUACCUUCACUAAUAUGAAUAUAAGAUGGGUUAUACCUGGGAUGAAACCUAAAAUUGUUUUUCAAAACAUUUUCUGGGAACAAUAUAAUAAAUCGGA